AUGUAUCCGAGUUCUAAUUGUAAGGUUGCUAAUUCGAGUCAUAUCGAAGGACAAAUAAUACCAGAAUCACCUUUGAAGAUUAACUACAUGCCUUUUGGAGGAUACUGUGAGAAGGAUAUUUCCAAUGAAACUCCUGUUGAAAAUCCUGUUGAAAUCAAGGAAAUUCCCAAAAAGGGAUCGUCUAAAGCGCAGCAGAAUUGCGGAGCAGAAUCACGUGAUAU